UGGAGAGCAAGACAUGGACAAAUCAACUUUUUAUUGGGGGAUUUAAAGCAUCUUGUUUUUUGUUUUUUCUGGCUUUACUCUUGUUUGAUAUCAUCAUCCCUGCUUGGCUCAUUGUUGGAUUAUUGGUUUCUUUUUGAGAAAACAGACCAAGUUGGCUACCUCUUUUAGUUCGUCUUUUGCUGGAGCAUCUUUGUAAGUUUGUUUUAUUCUUCAAUGCUACCAUGAGUUCUGCUGAUUCUAGCACAGGAAUUGACCUUCUCCAGGUCAGGAUUGAGUCCUUGAGCAACAAAAUGGACCGGCUCAUAAAUAUCCAGGAAAAAGUGCUCAGCCGGCUUGAUGGCAUGUCUCAGGAUAUUGAUGGAAUCGAGAGAGAUGUAGAAACUUUGAAAGUGGAAAAGGAGGAGAUCCAUUUACCUCCAGCCAUCCGUACAGGACCAGUCCAUGAGAUGAAGGAAAUGUGCCAAGAAAUGAACAGCAUCAUGUUGGCAGUAAAUCAUCGUUCUGAACAACAAACCCAGAAGCUGGAGGGAAUGGAGAGACUGGUGAUGAGCAUUCAGCAAGUAGUCAGCUUUAUUGGAGAGACUGUGAAAACUUCCAAAAUCAUGGAUAUUAUGUUCAAAGGGCCAGCUGCUCGGAAAAGCAAAAUGGAUUCAGCUCUCAGGUCCAAGGAUAGUAAAAGCAAGCAGAGUACCAAAAAGCAGUCCUCAGAUAACAGUGAGCUUGCCACUCCUAAGCUAAAGGAUCAUAAAGGUAAAGACGGGAAGUUUCAUCUUAGCAUCAAAGGCCUCAAAGCACAGAAGAAGAAACCACCUGAUUCAACAGAUACAGUCUCUUUGAGGAAACAGGCAUUGUUGCUUGAGGAAGUGCGGAAACUUAACCAAGAGAAUGCAGAACGCUCUGAAGUAUCCCAACAUCUUCAAGAUGGUGUGCAGAAAUCAGAUGAUGGUCUGCUUACUCCAAUCCAACAGGACCUCAUCUUGGAGGAGACCAAGGCCCCUACACCUGAGCAAGAGACAUACUCAGAAGAACAGAAGGAGGUCACUGUGGAGCUGAAAGAAAAGGAGAGAAAAGGUACAGAUCCAAAGACAGAAGACAUCCAAAGUGAAACACAACAAUUAUUGGAAGAUGGUAAGGAGAUACCACUAGAGACCACAUAUAUUCUCAAAGAUCAGGAGGUAGAAGAUGAAGAAGAGCAGACAGCUGAUGAGGGUCCUUCAGAACCCGACACUACCGACACAAAGGGACCUACGACUCCUGACAACUCACUGCAAAGCAGUGAGUCUGAGCAAGUGGAUGAGGUGACUACGAGCAGCAAACGACAUGUAACAGAGGAAGAUCUAGGGUUGGAGGACCAUAAGAAGAGCAGGGUGGAGGAAGGUCAAGAGGAAGGCAAGCAGGAGCCAGAGGAACCUGAAGAUCUGCGUGGUGUUUUUAAAGCUGAGGGUGUGGAGAUUGAGUUGGAUUUCAGUAAAAUUAAGGAGGGCUAUGAGGACGAAGAUGAAUAUCACAGUGAGCACUUCUUCAUUGACUGUACCCCACCUCCACCCGCUCCCUUCAGCCACCGCGUUGUGUCCGCCAAGCCCAACCAGAUAAACAACUUCUACACCAUCAACCGACAGGAGGUUCUUGGAGGAGGUCGAUUCGGUCAGGUGCACAAAUGCAUUGAAAAUUCUUCUGGACUCUCUUUGGCAGCUAAGAUAAUCAAAGCUAGAAGUCAAAAAGAAAAGGAGGUGGUGAAGAAUGAAAUUCAAGUUAUGAACCAGCUCGACCACGCCAACUUGAUACAACUCUACGCCGCAUACGAGUCCAGGAAUGACAUUAUCCUUGUACUUGAAUAUGUUGAUGGAGGAGAAUUGUUUGACAGGAUCAUUGAUGAGAACUACACGCUGACAGAGCUGGACACAGUGAUGUUCAUCAGACAGAUAUGUGAGGGCUUACGCUACAUGCACAAAAUGUACAUCCUCCAUCUGGACCUAAAGCCAGAGAACAUUCUUUGUGUCAGCAGAUUAACAAAUAAAAUCAAGAUCAUCGACUUUGGACUUGCUAGAAAAUACCAGCCCAGAGAGAAGUUACGAGUGAAUUUCGGUACGCCAGAAUUUCUCGCCCCAGAGGUGAUCAACUAUGAUUUUGUAUCCUUCAACACUGAUAUGUGGAGUUUGGGCGUUAUCACAUACAUGCUGCUCAGUGGUCUGUCACCGUUCCUCGGGGAUGAUGACAAUCAGACGCUAAAUAACAUCUUAGCCUGUCAGUGGAACUUUGAGGAGGACGAGUUCAUAGACAUCUCAAAAGAAGCCAAGGAUUUCAUUUCCAAACUGCUCAUUGUAGAUAAGAGUUGGAGGAUAGGAGCAUCGGAAGCGUUGAGGCAUCCCUGGCUGUCAGAUCCGACCGUUCACUUCCGCCUACGGGAGAAGAAAAAUAUGUGUCGUUCGCGCAGAAAUUCUUGCGUGCCUCCACCAGAUAGUUCAUAGGGACCAAGCCUGCUGUGCGACCAUGAGGAUUAUUGGACAUUAUAUUGUGAAGAGACAGAGAUUAUCAGAGAAGAUUGCCCUUUGCAUAAACCUGCUGUUGGCAUUUCUUAAUUUACAACUGCAUGUUCUGUGAAGUUGAUGCUAUGCUAGAAUGUGAAAUCGAGUCUUUAAUUUUGCUAAUAAUUAUCAGACUUCAUAACUCGUAAGAGAUUUUUAAAAAGUACAUUUCAUCUGUUGUUUUGAUGAGCUGGGCAGUUCACUUUAAUAGGCAACAUAACACAUACAUAACAACCCUAUAAUUAAUAUUAUAGUACUAUUAAUGUAUACAUACUGUAGCUACAUUAUUCCAUGCUGCUUAAGAAAAUAAGAGCUACACAGAAGAAGAAAUGUGCAACUGUAAAAAAGAAACAUAUUUGUGCCUAAAAUAAUAUCAAGUAAAACAUACAAAUUUGAUAAAGCACAGAUAAUACUAAAAUAAAUGACUCAAGGGCUUUUAGCUAUUAUAAAUGCAUGUUCAUCAAAAUGCAUUUGUCAAUUAUGAUAUUCACAUUUCAAAGCGUAAUGUACAUGUAAAUUGUCUAAUCAUUACAGUUUAUGUCUCGCACAGAAAAUCAACACGUGGUUGUACAAUUUUUAACUCUCUGAUAGAUCUCCGUCACAUUAAAGAAUAUUCCGGGUUCAACACAAGUUCAGUUCAAUCGACAGCAUUUGUAGCAUAAUGUUGAUUACCACAAAAAUGAGCUUCGACUUGUUCCUCCUUUUCUUUAAAAAAAGCACAAAUCUGUGUUCCAGUGAGACACUUAGUUUUAAUUAAGUUUUAAUUCUUCUGUUAAAACUCGUGUAUUAUUUGAGCUGUAAAGUUGAUUACAUUUUCAUUUUUACAGGCGUUUUAAGGUUUGAUGACAUUACAUCAUCAUGGUAAUGAAGUUGUAAAAUUGUCUAUAACUUUCCACAGAUGUGGUUAGUAAGUGAUUUAAUCACAGUAAAAUCAUGUUAACACACAUAUUGUUUAUGUCUUGUGUGUAUACUUUUGAAACAGUAUUUUAAUGUUUACUGAUUAUUGACCCCAUUGACUUCCAUUGUAAGUGUCUCACUGGAACACACAUUUGUGUUUUUUUUUUUUUUUUUUUUUUUAUAAAGAAAAGGA